AUGGGGUACGUGGUGCGCGACGUCGUCGUCGUGCUCGCGCUCGCCGCCGCCGCGGCCCGCCUCGACAGCUGGCUCGCCUGGCCCGUCUACUGGGCCGCCCAGGGCACCAUGUUCUGGGCGCUCUUCGUCCUCGGGCACGACUGCGGCCAUGGGAGCUUCUCCAACAACGCCAAGCUCAACAGCGUGGUCGGCCACAUCCUCCACUCCUCCAUCCUCGUGCCUUACAAUGGCUGGAGGAUUAGCCACAGGACGCACCACCAGAACCACGGCCACGUCGAGAACGACGAGUCCUGGCAUCCGCUCCCAGAGAAGCUGUACAGGAGCCUGGACAGUGCCACUCGGAAGCUUCGGUUCGCGCUGCCGUUCCCGAUGCUCGCGUACCCAUUCUAUUUGUGGUCGAGGAGUCCAGGGAAAUCAGGCUCGCAUUUCCACCCGAGCAGCGAUUUGUUCCAGCCGAAUGAGAAGAAGGACAUUCUGACGUCGACGACAUGCUGGCUUGCCAUGGCUGGCCUGCUCGCUGGGCUCACCGUCGUGAUGGGGCCUCUUCAGAUACUCAAGCUGUACGCUGUACCCUACUGGAUUUUUGUUAUGUGGCUGGACUUUGUCACCUACCUGCACCAUCUUUUCCCGCAGAUCCCACAUUACCAUCUAGUGGAGGCGACUGAGGCGGCGAAGCCGGUGCUGGGGAAGUACUACAGGGAGCCAGACAAGUCCGGCCCGUUCCCGUUCCACCUGUUUGGCGCGCUGGCACGGAGCAUGAAGAGCGACCACUACGUCAGCGACACCGGAGACAUAAUCUACUACCAAACUGACCCGAAACUCGCCGGCGGUGCACAAGCAUCCGAUUAA